AUGGCGGGAUCCACGACAGAGGCGACUGCCCAGUCGACAGCAGGAACGGACCAGACGACGGCCACUGCCAGGGGCUCGCGCGGGCCGCCCAAACCCAUCGAUAUUGACAAGACGAAGCCGCAAGAUUUUGACGGACAAGUGUCGACAACAAACGGGUUGCCGUCGGCGGAGACGUUGCGGGAGGUUGACGACUACGUCGUCCUGGACCGAGAUGGAAAGACGCGCACAUUCGAGAGCCUGUACAACGGGCGAAAUGCCGCACGCCGAGUCCUCGUCAUCUUUGUGCGCCACUUUUUCUGCGGAAAUUGCCAAGAGUACCUGCGGUCUCUGUCCGAGUCGGUCACGGUAGAGUCUCUGCUGCGGCUUCCGGUCAGCACCUGCAUCGUCGUCAUCGGCUGCGGAGACCCUGCGCUGAUCGACAUGUAUGUCGAGGCAACCAACUGCCCGUUCCUCAUAUACACCGACCCGACGCGAUCACUGUUCGACAAGUUCGGCAUGAUCAAGACGUUGAGCCUAGGGCCCAAGCCGGCGUACAUGAAAAAGAGCAUUACAAAGGGGAUUUUCGACAGCAUCGGACAGGCGCUGCGGCACGUGCCCGAUGGUUUGGCGCUCAAGUCGGGUGACCAGCGGCAGGUCGGCGGCGAGUUUCUCUUCGAACCGCUCGACAUCGUCACACCCAUCACGACGCCACGCGAGGAGGGACACAAGCGGAUCGCAUCGCUGGACGACCCCGGCGGCCACGACAGGCUGGACGAGGGUCCCAUCGAAGUCAAGCGGGUGUCGUGGUGCCACCGGAUGACGACGACGCGUGAUCACGCCGAGAUACCCGAGCUCAUGGAGAUUCUCGGACUCGACAGCCAAGAGCAUCCGAUCAAAGACAAGGACCGCUGGACCAAGGCGCUGGAGGUGCGCAAGGGCACAGGGACGACCAUGGCGAACCAGAUGAGCCAGGUCAGCUCUGCUCAGGAGGAGCAAUCGAUAUCGUCAUGA